GCACUCUACUUUGUGACGGUGGUGUCCUUCAAUGUCUUGUUGACAGAGCUGACCUUGCACUUGCAGUGUGCACUCAGGCCAAUGGAACGUGACGUCGGUCUCCAGCAAGGUACCUGCGGUUCAGCAUGCAAUACAACACCUGACUGCAGAUUGUGUCCUCGUGGUCGCUGCUUCGGAGGAAAGUGUAUCUCUACUCGUGGUACUGCUCUCCCCCUCUUCGGUGGUUUCGAUGUCGACGGCACAGUCAUUGCUGGCUUCAAGAAGCGUUCUGAGGAAACCGCUACUACAUCCGACACUGCAACUGCAACCUCUGGACAAGGAAGCGCUGUGGCCGAUGACUUCUCGUACAACACAAAAUGCAAUUCCACUCGCGACUGCAAGGAGGAGUUACACUCCCAUUGCGUUGACGGACGUUGUGUUCCCACAUGCAUGGCUCGUGAUGCCAACUGUGCCCGUGGAGAAGCUGUGAUGAUUGAGGAGCUCGUCCAAGAUGAUCGAUGCAUUUUGCCAUGUGAUCAUCCUGAACAUUGCAGUCCAUGCGACGCAAAUGUCUGUCGUCUCGGCAGAUGCUAUCUCAUCCGUGGUUGAUUGUGUGUUUUCAAUGUCAAUGACAGCUGGGAACAUUUGCUUUGCUCGAUAGACGGGAAAGGAUGGUCUAACACAAGUUAUUUUGAGAGGA